UCGCGACCGACGCUGUCCCCCAUAGCCUUCUUUUUGCGGACGACGGCUCGCGGGGUAGCUUUCCUGCAUGCCUCCAGCCCGUCCGCCUGCGCGCCCGCCUGUCCGCUCGCCAUACCCUAUUGCUCCCAAUCUCGCUGCUAUUGUGCGGCAGUCGUUGCGCGCGCGAGGGGAAGCGGAGGCAAGGUAGGCGAGGUAGGUUGUGAGAGGUUGGAGAGGGGCCGAGAAGCUAGGGGAGCGGUCGUCCUGGUCGUUCUUUUCGAGUUCUUGUUGGCAGCGAAGCACGGAGCGAGUCAGAGAGAAGAGCGAGGGAGGGGAAGAGGAGGAGCAGGAGAAGGAAGAGGAGGAGGAGAGAGAAGAGGGAGAGGCCGCCUGAGAUGAUCGAGAGGCCGUCAGCGGCUAUACUCGCCUUGGCGUGAUUGAUUUCUAUGUCUCAGGCCGGCAAGAAGAGAUCGAGUAGCGUGGCGCACCAAUCGACAUCAGGUCCAGGAAAGAAGGCGAAAGGGCCGGCGGGAGUGGACAGCUUCGAUGCGAGUGCUCAUAUGGUGUCGGGAAGCAACGCUAAGCUGAUGGGGAGUGGUUUCGUUAGUUCCGCGUUUCUCGGCGAUCAGCUGAAUGAUUUACACGGCACCUCAGGAGAUAUGAUGAUUGAUCUGAAGCACCAGGCGGCGGGUGAUGGGUUCGGAUCCAUUGGCCCCUUCGGCGUGGAAAGCAGCAGCGGACAGGCGGCAACGGCCAACCUGUCCCGAAGAAAGCAGACCCCGGCGCAGCCAGUCAAGAGGCCCAUAAUCAAGGCGUUCAGAGAAAAGCCGAAAUUGCCGGACAACUUUGAAGAAAGGACGUGGGAGAAGCUGAAGGAAGCGGUUACUGCGAUUCAUCAGAAACAGUCUGUAUCAUGCAGCCUGGAAGAGCUUUACAGGGCUGUCGAAGACUUGUGCGUCCACAGGAUGGCCCCAAAUUUGUACCGAAGGCUGCAGCAGGAAUGUGAGUGCCACAUCUCUGCAAAGUUGAGGGGGCUGCUUGGCCAGAGUCCAGAUCCUGUCGUGUUCCUUACGCAUGUGGACAGUGCAUGGCAGGACCAUUGCAACCAAAUGCUGAUGAUUCGCAGUAUUGCUCUCUAUCUUGACCGUACAUAUGUGCUCCAAAACUCCAGUGUACGGUCGCUGUGGGAUAUGGGCCUUCAGCUGUUCCGCAAGCAUCUUGCAUCAUGCCCUGAGGUGGAGAAGAAGACCGUCAAGGGACUGCUGAGGCUGAUUGAGCGUGAAAGGUUGGGGGAGACAGUUGACAGGCCGUUGCUGAAAAACCUGUUGAGGAUGUUUGGCGCGCUUGGGAUCUACACAGAGAGCUUUGAACGACCAUUCUUGGAAGAGACGGCAGAGUUCUAUGCAGCUGAAGGGACAAGGUUCAUGCAGCAGACUGAUGUGCCCGACUAUCUGAAGCAUGUAGAGACUCGUCUCCAUGAAGAAAAUGAGCGAUGUUUGCAGUACCUUGAUUUAGCGACACGCAAGCCACUCAUUGCAGUUGCAGAAAAGCAACUUCUGGAGCGGCACACAGCAGCAACUCUAGAGAAGGGAUUCCGUCAACUGAUGGAUGCCAACAGAGUUGCAGACCUGGGACGUAUGUACUCACUUUUCAUGAGAGUAAAUGCACUGGACUUGUUGAAGCAAGCCUUCAGCCAGUAUGUCAAGCAAAUGGGCCAAGAGCUGGUUAUGGACGAGGAGAAGGAAAAGGAUAUGGUAUCUUACCUGCUAGACCUGAAAGCACGGUUGGAUACUAUCAGGGAGGAGAGUUUCCAGAACCAAGAAGUGUUUGCGAAUACUCUCAAAGAUGCAUUCGAACAUGUCGUGAACUUACGCCAGAAUCGCCCAGCAGAGCUGAUAGCGAAGUUUAUUGAUGCAAAGCUGCGAGCAGGAAACAAAGGAACAUCCGAGGAGGAACUGGAAGCGGUGCUUGAUAAGGUGCUGGUGCUCUUCAGAUUCAUUCAGGGAAAAGAUGUGUUUGAGGCAUUUUACAAGAAGGAUCUUGCAAAACGUCUUCUUCUAGGAAAAAGUGCUUCCAUCGAUGCAGAGAAGUCCAUGAUCUCCAAGCUGAAGACGGAAUGCGGUAGUCAGUUCACAAAUAAACUUGAAGGCAUGUUCAAGGACAUCGACUUGUCGAAAGACAUCAUAGAUUCGUUCCGGCAGUCUGCACAGGCAAGAACCAAGCUCCCAUCUGGGAUUGAGAUGAAUGUGCAUGUGUUGACAACCGGGUAUUGGCCAACUUAUCCACCGAUGGAAGUCAAGCUACCACAUGAGCUGAAUGUCUACCAGGAUAUUUUCAAAGAGUUUUAUCUGAGCAAGCACAGUGGAAGGCGACUGAUGUGGCAGAAUUCUCUCGGUCAUUGUGUACUGAAGGCCGAUUUUCCCAAGGGCAAGAAGGAGCUUUCUGUCUCGCUCUUCCAGACCGUUGUGCUGAUGCUGUUCAAUGAUGAGGACAGAUUGAGCUACCAGGAAAUUAAAGACGCCACUGGAAUAGAGGACAGGGAGUUGAGGCGAACCCUGCAGUCCUUAGCUUGUGCGAAAAUAAGGGUGCUGCAGAAGUUUCCUAAAGGCCGGGAUGUGGAGGAUGAUGACGUCUUCUCUUUCAAUGAGGAUUUCACUGCAUCAUUGUUUCGAAUCAAGGUUAAUGCCAUUCAGUUGAAAGAGACGGUGGAGGAGAACACCAGUACCACAGAGAGAGUGUUUCAGGACAGGCAAUAUCAGCUGAAGUUCCCGUUGAAGCCUGCGGAUCUGAAGAAGAGGAUUGAGAGCCUCAUCGAUCGCGAGUAUCUUGAGAGGGAUAAAUCCAAUGCACAGAAGUACAACUAUCUUGCUUAGCAUUUGGACAUGGGGUGCUUUCUCUGCGUGAAUUCUGUAGUUUUCCCUCAUCUUGAACAGACCACCACAAUUUCUGGUUCCCUGCAACCCUCUCCUGCAUUUAGCCAUCCUGUGAAGUUGGUGAGGGACUGUCUGUGGCGUGUAAUGGCAUUGAGGAUUAUCAGUGGCAUUCCGCAUUGCUCCCUGAAAAGUGAUGUGAUAUAUUUUAACAACUUGGUGCUGGAUGAUGUCCGCUGUCCACUGAUUGACAAGUCCUGCACAAGAAGCAUGUCUUCCCUGGUACAUGUAAGUGGUGAUUUGUGUCAGGAUAAGACUGCUGCCGUUGUACUGGUGCCCCAGGAAGGAACUCCAUUUUUUUGAAGAAAUGGGGAGCGAGGCGGAUGCAGAAGAGUGCGUUGCGUGGCGAUCUCCUCUGCCUCUGUGAAGGCAAGUUGAAAAUAGGCGUAUCUCCUGUAAUUUCGUCCACAUCUCGACAGUGAUUAUCUCCUGUAGUCUUAAUCACAUCUCGAGUUCCAUAUUCCUCUUGUCCCCGUCCUUGUCCUGAAGGCCUUAGUAAGAAGAAUUAGGAGUGUACAUGCAGAUGAGGCAGAACCAUGCAAACACGGAACUGCCUUCGUGCUUAAAGAGAUGCCAGAAAAUAAUUCCCUUGCCCCACCCGUCCGCAACCCCCCAUCAUCUCUCCUCGACACCCCGCCAACCCUGCCCUCGGCGAACAAGUAGAGGAUCGCUCCAGCAAGUCAGUUUUGUCAGUGUCAGUCACUUGUCUGUGCCUAGAAGGGGUGAGAGGUUUAGGGUUCAGGGUCUUCCGACCAUUGACUCAUUCGUUUUCUGAGGUGCCAACUUGUUUGUAUCUUGUCCCCCUCUUCAUAUUCUCCACUGUUCUGCAUUCACCCUCAUGGCCAUGCCUCCAUGAGCCCCAGCAUUUCAUUGCGUGUUUUACUAUCCCGCCUGCCCUGCCAGUUCUCUCACCAGCCACUUUUCAGAAGCAUGGCUACUCCUUGCAUCUGCAAUAUCAGGGUCUGAAGGGGUAUCAUCAGGGUCGGAAGGGGUUUGGUCGGCGGUGAUGGGGAGGGGAGAGGAGCGUGGGGUUCGAACUCAUUGGGAGCACGCUCCAUCCUUGGCCUUAGGAGGAUCUGUAGGUUGUGUUCUGUUUUUUCCUUGGCUGGAAUGUGCUUGGGGUUGGAAACUUCCCCAAUGAAUAUCUUGCGCUAGAGACAGGAGCAGGCUGUACAUAGUGUUAUGCAAAAAUGUGCCAAUUCACUACCGUAGUUGGAUUUUUUCUCAUCAGGAAGUCUGAAUUGUGCAGUAUCGCUAGUCGGUUUUCCGUUGUGGCUCUUCUUGAAACAAAUCAUUUCUGUCUUUUCCUCCUUGGAAUACCUGGAACCUUGCCAACGAAGGACCUGGUGCCAUCGUCGCGUUGGAGAAGCCUUGGGAUGCUUUUUCCCAUGGUUUCUCCCUGCCCUUGAGAGGUGUCCCCUGAGGGAAGUUCUGUAGGGGAGUGUCCUGUCCAUGCCGGAUUUCAGCCAUGUCCAGAUUGCUCUUCGGUUGCCUGUGGAAAAAGGUUCUCUGGUUGGCGUUAUGUUUCGUUCCUGGGAAAUGUGUCACAUUCAUCCUUGAGAAAAGUCUGUUAUUCAUGUCUGUUCUGUUGUUUCAGUCAUUCACGUAUGUGCAGUGCGUAUUCACUUGCCGAUGUGUCAUUGGGGAGAAUUUCAUUAGCUCGCAAAGCGUUUGCCACCGGAGCUCG